AUGGCUCUUCAAUCACUCCUGCAACCUUUCUCUCCUUCCAACAUCACUGCGGUUGCUUCUUCUAACUCCCUUAUAUCGUCUCUUAACGCGACAACAAAUUGGAAAGAAAGAAUGUGGUACACUGCCACUUCACUGCUAUUAGCAGGCAGCAUCGCUCUCCAGAGCGUGUUCGCUCAUCCCGGCUCUUAUACUCUCAAUCAGCGAGAAGCCGCUGUCUUGAAACGCUCGGUGGACUCAUUCAUCACAACUGAAAGUCCAAUUGCGUUGUCCAGAAUAUUAUGCAAUAUCGGUUCAGAUGGAGCUUGUGUUCCAGGAGCAAAGACUGGGAUUGUCAUCGCUGGGCCUGGCAAAGCCAAUCCUGACUACUUCUAUACCUGGACACGAGAUGCAGCUUUGACUUUCAAGGCUCUGGUUGACACUUUCAUUACUAACUACUCGGCUUCAUUGCAAUCUGAAAUAACAGCAUAUAUCACCGCUCAAGCUGCUCUCCAAACUGUUGGCAAUCCUUCUGGUGGUCUAUCAAGCGGUGGUUUGGGGGAACCAAAGUUCAAUGCUGAUGGGUCUGCUUUUACUGGCUCAUGGGGUAGACCACAGCGAGAUGGGCCAGCUCUCCGUGCUACUGCUCUCAUCACUUACGCUAAGUGGUUGGUGAGCAAUGGUUAUAGCUCCACUGCUACCUCACUAGUUUGGCCUGUCAUACAGAAUGACUUGAGUUACGUCGCACAGUACUGGAACAAUACAGGCUUCGACUUGUGGGAAGAAGUUUCCGGUUCUAGCUUUUUUACGAUUGCUGCUCAACACCGUGCAUUAGUAGAAGGAAGUGCUUUAGCCAAGCAGCUCGGCAAAUCUUGCACGUACUGCGACUCACAGGCACCACAAGUUCUCUGCUUCUUGCAAAGCUUUUGGGGGCCAUCCCAGGGAUAUAUUCUUGCUAACAUCAACGUCGGCGGUCGAUCUGCUAAAGAUGCAAACACUUUGCUAGGAUCAAUUCAUAUAUUUGAUCCUGCCGCUGGCUGUGAUGCAAGUACUUUUCAACCGUGCUCAGAUCGUGCCUUGGCGAAUCACAAGGUAGUCAUAGACUCAUUCAGAUCAGUAUACUCACUCAAUUCCGGCAUCGCUGAAGGUGUUGCUGUGUCUGUUGGGCGAUACCCUGAGGAUUCUUACUAUGGCGGCAAUCCAUGGUACCUGAACACCCUUGCCGCUGCUGAGCAGCUGUACGAUGCUCUGUACACCUGGAAUCGUCAAAAGUCCAUCACUAUUACCGCAGUAUCACUUCCAUUCUUCCGCGAUUUCAGUUCUUCAGCUGCAGUAGGAACAUAUGCCUCAUCAUCAUCAACAUACACCACUCUCUACAACGCGAUCAAAGUAUACGCAGACGGGUACGUCAAUGUCGUAGCUACAUAUGCUCAAAAGAAUGGCUCAUUGUCCGAGCAAUUUUCCAAAUCCAAUGGACAACCACUUUCAGCAUAUGAUCUGACAUGGUCUUAUGCCGCCUUUCUGACAGCUGCUGCGCGAAGAGCUGGAAAGGUGCCAUACUCUUGGGGAGAACCAGCUGCUAAUAAUGUACCAUGUGCAUGUGUCCCAUCUUCGGCAAUUGGUACAUACUCAGCAGCUCCGACAUCUGCAUUCCCAGCUAGUCAAACUCCGGCAUCCUCCCCCGCAUCCCUCCCAACACCCACAUCUACCUCCGCAACCAUUUGUCCCUCACCAACCACCAUCCCAGUAACUUUCAAAGUCCUCGCCACCACCACCUACGGGCAGACCAUCAAACUAGUCGGCUCCGUCGCCGCCCUCGGUAACUGGGCGCCUGCAAACGCCAUCACGCUUUCCGCAGCACAGUAUACAGCGUCGAACCCGCUUUGGUUCGGUACAGUGGGUUUGCCGGCUGGUACGAGGGUUGAGUAUAAGUAUAUCAAUGUCGCUGCCGACGGAUCGGUUACUUGGGAGGGAGGCGCGAAUAGGGUCUAUACUGUUCCGGCGAGUGGGACGGGUGGGACUGACAAAGGAGAGAUUGCUUGUAGUGGCUUUCUUAAGGGCUUCGCUAAACCUUGA